AUGGUGUUUCUCUCUUUUUUACUCCUACCCCUCACUAUUAAUACCUCUAAAUUCUCUUUGACAGAUACGACGAAAGAAGAAAAGAAUGGAUCGAGCUUCGUUUUUUCCACUUUUAUUGAUAGUUGUAUACCUUAUUGCCACCGCCAAUGCAUUGUACGGACCUUCAUCACCAGUUCUUCAGUUAACUCCUUCCAACUUUAAGUCUAAGGUGCUAAAUUCAAAUGGUAUUGUUUUAGUUGAGUUCUUUGCACCUUGGUGUGGUCAUUGUAAAGCUCUGACACCCCAUUGGGAAAAGGCAGCUACUAUAUUGAAAGGUGUUGCCACCGUAGCAGCUCUUGAUGCCGAUGCUCACCAAUCCCUUGCACAGGAAUAUGGAAUCAAAGGAUUUCCUACCAUCAAGGUGUUUGCACCUGGAAAACCUCCUGUUGAUUACCAAGGAGCACGUGAGGCGAAACCAAUUGCGGAAUUCGCAUUGCAGCAGAUCAAGGCACUGCUGAAGGACCGAGUACAUGGAAAAGCUACAGGAGGGUCUUCCCAGAGUUCUGAGCCUAGUGCAUCAAUAGAGUUGAACUCACGAAACUUUGAUGAGAAGGUGCUUAAGAGCAAAGAUCUCUGGAUAGUUGAGUUUUUCGCACCUUGGUGUGGGCACUGCAAAAAGCUUGCUCCUGAGUGGAAGAAAGCUGCUAAGAACCUUGAGGGUAAGGUGAAGCUGGGCCACGUAGACUGUGAUGCAGAGAAGUCUUUGAUGAGCAGGUACAACGUCCAAGGUUUCCCCACAAUUUUGGUAUUUGGUGCUGACAAGGAAAGUCCUGUCCCAUAUGAAGGUGCAAGAACAGCGGCAGCCAUUGAGUCGUUUGGAUUAGAGCAGCUGGAAACUAAUGUUGCACCUCCUGAAGUGAUUGAGUUGACUAGCCCAGAUGUCAUGGAAGAGAAAUGUAAUUCUGCUGCAAUCUGCUUUGUUUCAUUCCUGCCGGAUAUAUUAGAUUCCAAGGCAGAAGGAAGGAACAAAUACCUAGAAAUGUUGUUAUCUGUUGCGGAGAAAUUCAAGAGAAAUCCCUACAGUUACGUUUGGGUGGCGGCUGGUAAGCAACCAGAUCUUGAAAAGCAUGUCGGUGUUGGUGGUUAUGGAUAUCCAGCUAUGGUAGCUUUGAAUGUUAAAAAAGGAGUAUACGCACCUCUUAAGAGUGCAUUCCAGCGCCAGCCGAUAAUAGAUUUUGUGAAAGAAGCUGGACUAGGUGGAAAAGGUAAUCUGCCAUUAGCUGCUACUCCUUCAAUUGUAAAGACUGAAGCGUGGGAUGGAAAAGAUGGGGAAAUCAUCGAAGAAGACGAGUUCUCCCUUGAAGAACUUAUGGGGGACGACACACCAAACAAGGAUGAGUUAUAAUUCUUCUUCACUCUCAUAGAGUACGAUGUUAAGCUAGUUAGAAACAGUUUUGACGUAACAAGCCGUGUAUUACUGUGUUAUAGUUUAUUUAUCAUCAAAUUGACAUCCCCAGUUUAAAAGAUUUCCUUUUUACUUCCUUUGUUUCCUGGAAGUUUACAUGGAUUGUUACUGUUGGGGAUAUAUCAGAAGUCACUUUUUCUGUUGUUGUUUGCUUGUUUUCUUCUAUAUUACGUAAGUCACAGGUUUAGAACAUAUAAUUUUUAUUGCAGAGACUAUAAUUGUAUCGA